AUGUGGCUCGAUCGCCUCUCUGCCCACUCGACUCCCUCAGGAACGCCGCCUCCCAUCAACCGCCACGCCUCUCCAUCUCAACGAUCGCCCCGUCCGCGAGCCGCUCAAGCCUUCCGACCAGGCUUACACCCACGCUCGUCUUCAACCUCUCUCCUCCUCACGCCAAACGACUCGACUACCUCUUUGCCGAAUACCUCCAAAAACCCUCCAAAUGUGCCUGCAAGAUCGCUGCUCUCACGCACACCUCCAGCGGAAACUGCAAGUCCGGUAGAUGUGCUCAAUGGUAUCAUUGGGAAGAAAGCAUCAGAUAGACAGGGUGAUAUUCUAGAAAAACCCCCGCAGUUGGUGGAGGCCAUUGAUUUUGGGAACCUUAGUUUGGAGGAAUUUGUAAAUCGAGGGAAGGCCUCCGGAGGGAUUCUCAGCAGCGAGGCUGGCGUUGCAACGAUACAGCAAUUCGAGGGUGACCGCGAUAAAUUCCAGGAGCUUCAUAAUGCCAUCGUGGACUGCGAUGAUGUGCUCAAAUCGGUCGAAUCUUAUCUUUCGGAUUUCCAAACCGAGCUCGGUGCCGUUUCUGCCGAGAUCGAAACACUGCAGACACGAUCGAUACAAUUGAAUGCUAAACUAGAAAAUCGACGGAACGUGGAGCGACUACUCGGGCCCGCCGUGGAAGAAAUCAGUAUAUCGCCGAAAACAGUUCGACUGAUAGCUGAAGGGCCUAUUGAUGAUAACUGGGUGAAAGCUCUGAACGAGGUUGAGUCUCGCAGUGCAAGUAUCGAGAAAUCGGCUAGCUCGUCUGUGAAAGCUGUGGAAGAUGUCAAACCUCUGCUUGUCGAUCUCAAGAAUAAGGCUACAGUACGAAUUCGCGACUAUCUAGUCGCUCAAAUCAAAGCUAUUCGCUCGCCGAACAUGAAUGCCCAGGUCAUCCAGCAACAACACCUAAUCAAAUACAAAGAUCUAUACACAUUCUUAUCCCGGACCCAUCCCACUCUCUCAGAGGAGAUCGCCCAAGCGUAUGUGAAUACAAUGAAAUGGUACUACUUAUCAAACUUUACGCGCUACAACCAAGCUUUGGAAAAGCUGAAAAUCCAGACAUCCGACCAGAACAAUGUCUUGGGUGGAGACCCAGCAGCGCAGAGAGCCAGCGGUACUAAUGCAAAUGGUAGAGCUGUCGCGCAUGAUCCAUUCUCUCUUGGAAGACGGGCGGAUGCCCUUAGAACUACUAGUCAUAUGGCAAUCAGCUCAUAUGUUGCAGAAGAAGAUAAAGCCACCCAUGGAUUUGAAGUUGUCUUCCGAAACUUCAACCUUGCAUUAGUUGACAACGUCUCCGCGGAGUACUCUUUUCUCACGGAGAUGUUUGCUGUCAAAUCUUUUCAUCAUAUUUCCCGGAAAGCCUUGGAGAUAUUCGAGCCAUUAUUCACACUAGGUCAAACUUUGACGAAACAGCUCAUCGACAACACAACCGACUGUCUAGGCGUGUUACUCUGUGUCCGGUUGAACCAGCAAUCAGCCUUCGAACUACAACGACGCAAAGUCCCAGUGGCCGAGUCGUACAUCAACGGCAUCAACAUGCAACUAUGGCCUCGAUUCCAGAAAAUCAUGGACCUUCACUGCGAAUCGCUGAAGCGACUUUCCUCCGGUGCUGUGAGAAGCUCUGUGUCGCUGUCAUUGACAAUGGACGAUGCAAACAAGUCAUCUGCCCCUCACUUCCUCGCACAACGAUUCGGCCAGCUUAUACACGGCAUUGUAUCACUAAGCAACGAGGCCGGUGACGACGAACCUGUCUCGAACAGCCUCAGUCGGCUGACCGCAGAAUUCGACACUCUGCUGGCCAAGUUGGGCAGGGGAUCUGGCGAUGCCAAACGCCGGGAACGAUUCUUGUACAACAACUACUCUUUGAUAUUAACCAUCAUCAGCGAUACCGAUGGCAAACUGGCAAGUGAACAGAAAGAGCCGGUCAUGGCCAGUCUGCUUCCCCGCAGCAGCACGCUUCUCCAACGUCGCCGGUUCUCGACAUCCCGGGCGAGCAAUGCGGACUUUACACAUGCGGUUAUCGGCGCAGGCGUCGUCGGCCUCGCAAUCGCCCGCCAACUCGCCGCGCGCGACGGAACAUCGACGAUCGUACUCGAACGGCACGGCGCAGUGGGCACAGAAACAAGCAGUCGGAAUUCCGAGGUGAUCCAUGCAGGCAUCUACUACCCACCCACCUCCCUCAAAACGCGCCUCUGUAUCCGCGGUAAAAACCUCCUCUAUUCGCUCUGCGCAUCAAAACAAAUCCCGCAUCUGCGCACGCGGAAAUGGAUCGUAGCGCAGGACGAAGUAGAGUGGCGUGUCUGUCUGGCACUACGCGAACACGCACAGAACAUCGGAGUACCGACUCGACUCGUUGGCGCCGAGGAGGCGCGGCGCACGGAGCCUGAUAUCCAGGCGCGCGCCGGCAUCGUCGAGUCGCCAACAACAGGCAUCGUGGAUGCACACGCGCUGAUGAGCGUUUUGCAGGGUGAGUACGAGGAGCGAGGGGGCGAUAUCGCAUUUCAUACGGCCGUGAGGAGGAUUGAGGCGGUGGAUCAUGGGAAGGGCGGGUAUCGAAUAUUCACCUCAUCGGCAGGGGAUGAUGGGAGUAGCGAGGAGAGCUCGAUAACAGCAGAGACGCUGAUAAACUCCGCGGGACUGGGCGCGUGCGAAAUCAACAACAUGAUUCUGCCGCCCAACCGACACCGACGCGCGUAUUAUGCCAAAGGCACGUAUUUCUCCUACAGCGCUUCACGGCCCAAACCGUCGACGCUAAUAUACCCUGCCCCGGUCCCGGGGCAUGGCGGUCUCGGCACGCAUUUGACGCGUGAUAUGGGCGGACGAGUGCGUUUCGGUCCGGAUGUUGAGUGGGUUGAGUCUGCGAGUGAUUAUACGCCCUCACCAGCACGGUUACAGCAGGCACUGCCGGAGAUCAAACGAUAUUUGCCGGGUAUUGACACGGACUCCGUGGUGCUGGAUUACUGCGGAAUACGGCCAAAGUUGGCCCGGGGUGGUGGGAAUGUUGCGGGCAAGGGAUUUCAAGAUUUUGUGAUUAGAGAGGAGGAUGGGUUUAAAGGGUUUGUGAAUUUGUUGGGUAUUGAGAGUCCGGGGUUGACGAGUUCGUUGGCGAUUGGCGAGGUGGUUGAGGAGCUGCUGUACAGAUAA